AUGCACAAGCAUCAGCACUGCUGUAAGUGCCCCGAGUGCUACGAGGUGACCCGCCUGGCCGCCCUGCGGCGCCUCGAGCCUCCCGGCUACGGGGACUGGCAGGUGCCCGACCCCUAUGGGCCAGGUGGGGGUAAUGGAGCCAGCGCGGGUUAUGGGGGCUACAGCUCGCAGACCCUGCCCUCACAGGCGGGGGCCACCCCCACCCCCCGCACCAAGGCCAAGCUCAUCCCCACUGGCCGGGAUGUGGGGCCAGUGCCCCCUAAGCCAGUCCCAGGCAAGAGCACCCCCAAACUCAACGGCAGCGGCCCCAGCUGGUGGCCCGAGUGCACCUGUACCAACCGGGACUGGUAUGAGCAGGCCAGCCCUGCACCCCUCCUAGUGAACCCCGAGGCCCUGGAGCCCAGCCUCUCGGUGAAUGGCAGCGAUGGCAUGUUCAAGUAUGAGGAAAUAGUACUUGAGCGGGGCAAUUCUGGCCUGGGCUUCAGCAUUGCAGGUGGCAUCGACAAUCCCCAUGUCCCUGAUGACCCUGGCAUCUUUAUUACCAAGAUCAUCCCUGGUGGAGCAGCUGCCAUGGAUGGGAGGCUGGGGGUGAAUGACUGUGUGCUGCGGGUGAAUGAGGUGGACGUGUCGGAGGUGGUGCACAGCCGGGCUGUGGAGGCACUGAAGGAGGCAGGCCCUGUGGUGCGGUUGGUGGUACGGAGGCGACAGCCCCCACCAGAGACCAUCAUGGAGGUCAACCUGCUCAAAGGUCCCAAAGGUCUGGGUUUCAGCAUUGCUGGGGGGAUUGGCAACCAGCACAUCCCAGGAGACAACAGCAUCUACAUCACCAAGAUCAUCGAGGGGGGUGCUGCUCAGAAGGAUGGACGCCUACAGAUCGGGGACCGGCUGCUGGCGGUGAACAACACCAAUCUGCAGGAUGUGAGGCAUGAGGAAGCUGUGGCCUCACUGAAGAACACAUCUGACAUGGUCUAUCUGAAGGUGGCCAAGCCAGGCAGCCUUCAUCUCAACGACAUGUACGCACCCCCUGACUACGCCAGCACUUUUACUGCCUUGGCUGACAACCACAUAAGCCAUAAUUCCAGCCUGGGUUAUCUCGGGGCUGUGGAGAGCAAGGUCAGCUACCCUGCUCCUCCUCAGGUUCCCCCAGCCGGCUACUCUCCCAUCCCCAGGCACAUGCUGGCUGAGGAGGACUUCACCAGAGAGCCCCGCAAGAUCAUCCUGCACAAGGGCUCCACAGGCCUGGGUUUCAACAUCGUAGGAGGAGAGGAUGGAGAAGGCAUUUUUGUCUCCUUCAUCCUGGCAGGAGGCCCUGCUGACCUGAGUGGGGAGCUGCGCAGGGGAGACCGGAUCUUAUCGGUGAAUGGCGUGAACCUGAGGAAUGCAACUCAUGAGCAGGCUGCAGCUGCUCUGAAACGGGCCGGCCAGUCAGUCACCAUCGUGGCCCAGUACAGACCUGAAGAGUACAGUCGCUUUGAAUCGAAGAUACAUGACUUGCGAGAGCAAAUGAUGAACAGCAGCAUGAGCUCUGGAUCUGGGUCCCUCCGAACAAGCGAGAAGAGGUCCCUGUAUGUCAGGGCCCUGUUUGAUUAUGACCGGACUCGGGACAGCUGCUUGCCAAGCCAGGGGCUCAGCUUCUCCUAUGGUGACAUUCUGCAUGUCAUUAAUGCCUCUGAUGAUGAAUGGUGGCAGGCAAGACUGGUGACCCCACAUGGAGAAAGCGAGCAAAUUGGUGUGAUCCCCAGUAAGAAGAGGGUGGAAAAGAAAGAAAGAGCUCGAUUGAAAACCGUGAAGUUCCAUGCCAGGACAGGGAUGAUUGAGUCGAACAGGGACUUCCCUGGGUUAAGUGACGAUUAUUAUGGAGCAAAGAACCUGAAGGGAGUGACAUCCAACACCAGUGACAGCGAAAGCAGUUCCAAAGGACAAGAGGAUGCUAUUUUGUCAUAUGAGCCAGUGACACGGCAAGAAAUUCACUAUGCAAGGCCUGUGAUCAUCCUGGGCCCAAUGAAGGACAGAGUCAACGAUGACCUGAUCUCAGAGUUCCCACAUAAGUUUGGAUCCUGUGUGCCACAUACUACCCGGCCUCGACGUGAUAAUGAGGUGGAUGGACAAGACUACCACUUUGUGGUGUCCCGAGAACAAAUGGAGAAGGACAUUCAGGACAACAAGUUCAUCGAGGCUGGCCAGUUCAACGACAAUCUCUAUGGGACCAGCAUCCAGUCAGUGCGAGCAGUGGCUGAGAGGGGCAAGCACUGCAUCUUAGAUGUUUCUGGCAACGCUAUCAAGAGGCUGCAGCAAGCACAACUGUACCCCAUUGCCAUUUUCAUCAAGCCCAAGUCCAUUGAAGCACUUAUGGAAAUGAACCGACGGCAGACAUACGAACAAGCAAAUAAGAUCUAUGACAAAGCCAUGAAACUGGAGCAGGAGUUUGGAGAGUAUUUCACAGCCAUUGUACAGGGUGACUCACUGGAAGAGAUUUAUAACAAAAUCAAACAAAUCAUUGAGGACCAGUCUGGGCACUACAUUUGGGUCCCAUCCCCUGAAAAACUCUGAAGAAUCCCCUCCAACCAUUCUCUUGUGAACAGAAGAAAUCAAGUCCCUCUUCCCUCCUCCCUCUUCAUUCCUGUCCCCAUGGGGAGAACAAAUGACUACUGUUCUUGUCCCCUUUUUUAGCUAUGUCAAAAAAAAUUGAGUUUUCUAGUCCUGUUCUGUUUUUUUAAAUUUUUGUUUCGUUUUAGUUUAUUUUUGGGAUGAUGCCAUCUCACUCAUCAUGUGACUGUGCCCAUUCCUGCAUGGACCUUUCCCAAGCGCUAGCACAGGUGCAAAUCCAUCAGAGUCAUUGUUUUCAUAAAAACCAAGCAGACGCGAAGAGAAGAGAGGAGGACUGAUGGAAAGACAGACUCUGGACAGCUGCACGGCUUGUGAAGUGAGCUCAAUGCACCACGUGAUGAGAUGCUCCUGGGCAUUUCUACCUAUCUGUACUGCAGUCAUGCAGCUCUGAACGGUGCAACGUAAUGGCAACAGAAAGUAUCUUAUUUAUAUAUAGAUAUAUAUAUGUAAUUUAUAUAAAAUAUAUAGAAAUUAUUAUAUAUAUAUAUUAUACACUCUCAUAUAAUAUAUAUAUAUUCACACACAUUUGGACUAGAAAAAUCUAUGGAGACUUCAUCAAUGGUACUGUGUUAUUAGAGAAAUGCUUUAAUUUUCAUAUUCCAAUCAGAUGGCAUCUUCUAUCCCAACUGGUUGAGGAGGAAUUGGAAAUGGUAGUAAGUGCUGUACCACGGGCACUCGCAUUUGGUCAUUCUCUUGAGAGCUGGGGGAUCUCUAGGAGGGGGUCAGCCAGCGGCCUGCGAGAAAGGGCUUUUGCCUGGGGAUGAGAAGGUUCGAGACUUGACCCUAAAGCAGCUGCUGCCCUGGAGGUGCAGUCAGUCCUGUGCGGAAAGAGAGAGAAUGGCUAAUGAUGCUCCAUAUUAAAUUGCCUAUUGUUUUAUGCCACCUGAUGUGUCUGCAUGAGAGGUUUCCUUUUUGUUCAUUUUUAAGCUGCUGUUAAACCAAAACCAUGUUGUGCUACUGUGUCAGCCUUUUCAUUAUUCCAAGUUUUGCUUUUACUAUUUAAGUGAAUGCGUAGAAUCCAAUUGGACAGUGUUCUGAAGGCUUGUGACGUUCUGGAGGAGCCGGGCCUGGUGCUAGAGUAGGUGCCCAGGCUCGGCCGUCCAGUCAGCGGAAGGGGCAGUGGGGCUGGUGAGAGCCGUGAGCAGGAGCUGGGGCUCUGCAUUGCAGUGUCCCUUUACUCACCUGCCAGGGACAUGCUGGGCUGAGCUGAGGCCCUUCGUGGGGCCCACCGACAGGGACAGGGAGUCACUUGCCUUCCAGUUCUGUGCUAGGCGGUGGGACAGCACUGGGCUUGGCCAGCCACGUAAUGAGAAGUUUGAUUUGGGUUUUUUUUGCUGCCGCUUCAUCUGCCCUACCCCAGCCCCUCACCAACAGCUGGGAGCUUACUGUUUCUUCAAGGAAAAAGUAGACUUUAAUGCUGUCAAUUUGAGCUGUAGAGUGAAGAUUCACUUACUGGAGAGAUGUGAAACCUUGUUGCUUUUUCCCAGAGUCAGAUGGCAGUAAUUGUGGUCAAGGGAGUUUUUCUCUGACCACAGAUGCAGGCGGCAGGGAUGGCUCGGGCCCCACCCCACCUCACCCCACCCCACCGUGCUCCUUUGAAGCCACUCUGCCUCCCUCGCCUCCAUGCUGGAGCCAUGACCCAGGGGAGGAGAGCAGGCAUGUGCUUGGCCCUAAGGUUGAGUCAGUAGUUUCCUAGCCCCCGCGUUACGACCAGUGCCAACGAUGCCACGUUGAAGAUGCUUUGAGCCCUACCAGCCAAAUUUAGGAACGUGUUACCAGUUCUCCGACCAGUAUGAGGCUGACUGUCAAGCGUGGGGCCCAGAUGGAGGGUAAAGAAAGGGCAGCAGCUUUCCAUGGGCCGCACGCUGGGGGAAGGCGAGGAGGGGCAAAGUGAUGGCCGACUGUGACUCUGGCGGGGAGGGGCGAGCAGGGAGUGCUGAUUUCUCUGAUGUUAGUAAGUGACGUGGUCCGAACGCUGCUCAACCCCCUCCCCCUCCCAGGGAAGAAAAGCAAAGACUCAAAGUAAGCAUGACACUAGUUGGUUUACCAGUGUUCCUUCCAAGGAGACAUAUAUUUUUUAAUAAAUGAUAGUUGCAAUGAA